AUGUGUGAUCGCAGUCUCUACAGAUCUGGCUACGUUGGUUCUCUCUUGAAUUUGCAGUCUCCAGAUUCCUUUUACUUCCCCAAUUUGCGGGCGAAUGGCAGCCAGUUGGCGGCUCUGCCCCCCAUUUCCUACCCGCGCAGCUCGCUGCCCUGGACUUGCGCGAGCUCGUGCGCGGCGCAGCCCGCGGGCCACGCGUUCGGCGGCUCCUCGCAGCCCUUCCUCCCCGGCUCCAUCCCCAUCAGCAUCAGCUCCAACGGGAACAAGGAGUGCCUCGAAGAAAACAAUAAAUAUUACGCGCACGAUGCGAGCUCCAAACAAGAGGAGAGGUGCCGGCAGAGGCAAUCUUUCGCGAACGACCCGACUGCUCCCCAUGCAGCCAACCUAAAGCCCGUCAAGUAUGACCACUCGAGCCUGCAGAGAGGUCUGCACGGCUCUGCUGCUGUUUUUGAAGUGAAUUCCUGUGCUUCCAGCUUAAAGGAGGACAUCAAGAAUUCGGUCAACUUGAACCUGACAGUUCAGCCCGCAGCAGUCCAGUCAUGCCUCAGACCUUCCGUGCAGGAUGGUUUGCCUUGGUGUCCCACCCAGGGGAGAUCGAGGAAGAAACGGAAACCUUACACAAAACAACAAAUUGCUGAGUUGGAAAACGAGUUUCUCCUCAAUGAGUUUAUUAACCGACAGAAGCGGAAAGAACUAUCAAACAGACUGAAUUUAAGCGAUCAGCAAGUUAAAAUUUGGUUUCAGAACCGACGGAUGAAAAAGAAAAGAGUAGUAAUGCGUGAGCAGGCGCUUUCCAUGUACUAG